AUGUCUCACUAUCAUUUCAUCAAAUGCUGUUGCUUUCAGCUAUGUAACGUCUUUCGUCACAAUAUGGAGAUUGACCAGUGUCUCCUGGAGUCACUCCCGAUCGGCCAGCGGCAGCGGUUGGUCAGGCGGAUGCGUUGUGACCAAAUCAAAGCCUACUACGAACGAGAGAAGAACUCACAGCGCCAACCAGGGCCAAGCAGGGUACGGCUUCUGCCUGACCAUAAGAAGAAAGGCCGUGUUCGCUUUGGACUCGCAGACAUUCUGCAAGACGCCAUUAUCCGCCAUGAUGACAAAGACGUGCUGCGACUUUUGAAGGAGGGAGCAGACAUCAACACAACUACGGCCUCUGGGGGGACUCUAUUACACCUGUGUGCUCGCCAUGACAACGUGUUUGCAGCGGAGCUCCUGAUCGAGCGCGGGCUGAACGUGAACCUGCAGGAUGACGACAUGUGGAGCGCGCUGCAUGUGGCCUGUGUGUGCGACCACGCGGAUAUGCUGCUGCUGCUGCUCCUGGCCGGCAUCAAUGUGCUGCUGCAGGAUGUCAGCGGUAACAUUCCUUUGGACUACACCUCCGAAGGCACAGAGACCAACUUCAUCCUCUGCAAAUACCUGGAAGAGAAGGGUGUUGACACGUUAUCUAUGCACACUAUGAAAAUGCAAAGAGCUGUCACCAUGUUGUCAGAUGUCAGACAGCUUGUUGCUUCUGGAGCAGGGCUCACCCAAUGCAACGACGAUGGGGUCACGCUGCUUCAUAUAGCCUGUGCCAGUGGUUACAGAGAAGUGGCUGCAGUGCUGUUGGAAAGUGGUGCAGACCCCCACACUGCAGACAAUCAUGGCUGGACCCCUCUCCAUUUAGCAGCUAAAUAUGGACAGACAAGCAUCGUUAAACAGCUGUUGAAACACAAAGCAGACCCCACACUCUUAAACAGCAACGAAGACAAGCCCUCAGAUAUUGCUGCGUCUCAGCCCAUUGUGGAAAUGCUUUUGAAUGCGGAGGAAAACUGGUUACAGAGACUAAAAGACCCCUCAUCUUCUCUCCCUUCUAAUGACCAGCAAUAUGAAGGUGUACUGCAAGAUCUCAACACGCCUGUUAAGAACUUGAAUCCAUUCGGUGUGUCUAUCUCUAAGCGGGACAGUUUCAUGGAAAAGUGUGCGAUGUUUCGAGAGGCAGGUGGAGGUUUAGUGCGACAGCCCUCUCAGGACAAUGGCCUGGAAAGCCCAUUCAGCUCUGGAACAAGCAAACUGGAACAGGUCAAAUUGAUGCCUCCAGCCCCCAAUGAUGACCUAGCAUCGCUGAGCGAGCUCACCGAUAACAGUCUCCUCUACGAGAUGCAGAAACGCUUCGGCAAUGACCAAAUCUAUACUUAUAUUGGACACAUUCUUCUACUGGUGAACCCAAAUAAAGAAUUGCCUAUUUAUUCCACUUUGGUGAGUCAGUUGUACCUGAGCUCGACUGGGCGCCUGUGCUCCUCUUUACCUCCUCACAUCUUCUCCUCAGCAGAGAGAGCGUACCACAUGAUGCUGCAAGAGAGGCGUCCUCAAGGUUUCAUAUUGAGUGGAGAGGGUGGUUCUGGAAAGACAGAAGUUUGUAAGCACAUUGUGAAGCACUUGGGUGCUCGCUGCAGCUCCCAGGGUUUUGCACUGGACUCCAAGAUGAAACAUGUAAAUGCAGUCCUUGAAGCUUUUGGUCACGCUAGAACACAGCAAAACCACAACUCCAGUCGCUUCAUCAAGCUUUUAAGCAUUCAAUACUGUGAGAAAAGUAGAACAAUAAUCAGAGCGAGGGUGCACACGUACAUGCUGGAGAAGUCUCGUCUGGUCCAAAUGCCUCCCCAUCAACACAAUUUCUCAAUUUUCUAUCUGAUGGCAGAGGGCCUAUCAACAGAGGAGAAAAGUGCACUUUACCUCAGUAACGUGCUAGCACACAGGUAUCUUCUAGGUGUUGUUCCUCGAGAAAGCUCUCCUGUUGCUACUGCCUCAACACAAAGCAAAGACCGUCUUUUGGCUGUGAAGCAAGCCCUCCGAGCUUUAGGCUUCAACAAGCAGGAGGUGGAGUCUGUGUUCUCGCUGCUGUCCGCCGUGCUGCACUUGGGGGACCUGCACUUCCACAGUCUGACAGAUGUCGAUGCGGCGCUCCCUUCAGACCUGCAGCUGCUGAACAGGGUUGCUGGAAUGCUGCAGGUGUGUUCCAAUGACUUGAGCACCGCCCUCACCUAUGAUGUGCAGUACUUCAAAGGUGAUGUAAUCACUCGGAGUCACACAGUUGAAAUGUCAGAGCAGCACAGAGACCAGCUGGCAAAGGCCAUUUAUGGACGUCUCUUCAGUUAUCUAGUCAACUGCAUCAAUGACUACUUACAGGGCCAAGAUGACUGCACCGAAAAUCCUGCUCUUGAAAUCAGCAUCUUGGACAUUUUUGGUAUGGAAAAUCUCCAGUACAAUGGCUUUGAGCAGCUAUGUGUGAACAUGACCAAUGAGCGUCUGAGGCAGCACGUCUCUGAGGUGCUAUUCCUGCAGGAGAAGGCAGAGUGUCAGCAGGAGGGGAUCGCCACGGAAACACCAAGCUCUCCUUGCUACCAACCCACUGUCCUUGACUUCUUUCUGCAGAAGCCUCAAGGCCUGCUGUGUUUGUUGGAUGAGGAGAGUCAGAGCUUGCGGCCGGAAGAACAGACUUUGUACAAAAGGUUGUCGUCCCAGCUAGACUCCUGUCCAUCACACGGGCUCUUUCUAACUACUAAAGAUGGCAAUGGAAACCCCCCUCCUAAAGACCAGGGUCCUGCCUUCACUGUGAAGCACUACGCUGGGCAGGUUUCGUAUGACCUCACUGGAUCCUUAACCAGAAACAAGGACUCUCUUCCUCAGAAUCUCUUGUUUACAAUGAAGUCCAGUGAGAGUAUUUUACUACAGCAGCUUUUCCAGUCGAAGCUUACGCAGACCGGCUCACUGAUCCCAGGCACACAGGGGCACGUGGGUUUGAGGGGCUCGAGAGCAGCCCUUCUGCUGCAUAAGAUGCCUUCAGCUCAUGUAAUGCCCACCAGUAGUGUCCCUCAGCAGCGGAGGUAUCAUGACCUUAGCAAGAUGCUAAAGAAGAAGGGUUCCACCUCAUUCCUCCAGAGGCUUGAGCGCUGUGGACCCAUUACAGUUGCUGUCCAGCUGAGGAAUUCAUUCUCGGAGUUGAUCAGUAAGCUCCAGUCUUGUACUCCUCAUUUUGUGGAGUGUGUCCGUCCCAACACAAGCGGUCAGCCAGACGCCUUUGACAGCCUCCAUGUUUCCAGUCAGCUGCAACACAUCGGGGUGUUGGAGAUGGUGCGCAUGAUCCGCUAUGGCUAUCCUGUCCGAAUGUCCUUCCUGGGCUUCCUAAGCAGAUAUAAACCCCUUGUUAUUCCCACCAUGGGGGACAAGAAGAAGUUAUCCACAGAAGAAAGAUGCCGCGCGGUGCUUCAGCAGUGCAAACUCCAAGGAUGGCAGAUGGGCAGCAGUAAAGUUUUUCUGAGAUACUGGCAAGCAGAUCAGCUGAAUGACCGCUGCUACCACUUUCAAAAGAAGAUAAUCUCAUGUCAAAAAGUUGUUCGAGGUUGGCUUGCCAGACGCCGGGUUCGCAAAAGACUGGUUCUACUUCAAACAGAAGAGCACACAGUGCAGCAGUUCUUCCAGGGGGCAGAAGACAUGGGGCUACGAACAUAUGACCAGCUGGUGAUCCAAAAUGCUGCUGACAUUUCACGUGAGAGUGACCGCCUUCGCUGCUAUGGCAACGGCGUGGUCAGCACACUGACAAGCAGCCCGCCUCUCGGAGAACGGCCCGAGCCAGUGGGAAAAGAGGAGGAGCCACCGGUGCGCAGAAUCAUUGAGAAAAAUGGAAAGGUCCCAGACAGUUCCAUGAAUGGGGGAACUCGAUUCAUCCGUCACUUUCGGUCCAGUUCUGUGCCAAUCCCGCUCGCAAUGGAGAUUCACUGCAGCAACACGCCUCCGGUCAAAGCCGCUCUGCAACAGGAGGAGGUGUCUGGUAGCGCUGGACUUUCUUCUCCACGUAAACAGCCCCCUCCCAAACCAAAGAGAGACCCCAACACGCGCCUCAGUGCAUCCUAUGAGGCUGUGAGUGCAGGCCUGACCAUGUCGGCCAAAGAGAGCCCCACUCCAGAGGGCUAUGCUUCACCAGCUGGAAGCCCCCCCAAGUCCCAGCUGUCCCCCACAGACCCCGCAGCCAAGCCCCGCCCACAUAGUGAUGACUACACCACUAUGAGGAAAGUGCCACCCCCGAAACCAAAACGCAGUCCCAACACAAAGCUAUCUGGCUCUUACGAGGAUAUCAAUAAGGUGGCCCCUCAACUCCAACAGCUGCGGCCGGCCGACGUAAAGCUGGCCCUGCUCUCUCGUGCUGGAGGUUUUGGUGGUUUCUUGCAGAAAGCUGCCUCCAUAGAAGCUCCACAGGGGGUCUCUCUGAGCCUGUUCCAGGGCCAUGAUGAGGAAGAUGUGUACAUAGAGAUGUUUGGGGCCCGCUCUCGUAGUCUCCAGGAGCCGCCGGAUAGCCCUGAUCUGAAUGACUCUGAGUCUGUGUACGAGGAGAUGAAAUAUGUUCUCCCUGAUGACGGGGGACCACCUGCCCCUGUCAUGAAAAAAGCUUCUAAAAUUGAGGCACUUAGUUUGGGACUUGUAGGAUUAAAUUUGUCACUUGGUCAAACAGGUGAAAGCAGACGCAGUGGGGCUGGGUUAAACACCAUGGAACCUUCUCAGCCUCAGUCUACUUCAAACAAUGGGCUGUCAAUGCCACAACAUGCAAAAGAUGGCAGCUGCGACAUCCCCGCGCCCUUCCCAAACCUGCUCCCCCACCGCCCGCCGCUCCUGGUGUUCCCCCCCUCACCCGUUACCUGCUCCCCAGCUUCUGACGAGUCGCCUCUGACCCCACUCGAGGUCAAGAAGCUCCCCGUUUUUGAGACCAACUUAAACUAUGCCACGGGUCCAGACAGCCCCAUUUCUCCUCAGUACUCACGCCAACGGGCCGACUCCUCUCCGAGCCUCACCGUCCUCUUGUCAGAGAAGAAGCCCACUCCUCCACUGACCCCCCCGCCGCCGCCGCCUCCCCCCGCCAUACCCCCGCCACCUUACAGACCACCGCCGUCGCACUUCCCGUUUCCGCCCGAUGCCAAUUUUCUGUCCUUGACCCGAGCGUCAUCUCUGAGCACGGACUCUCCUAAAAGUGUAGUGUCACAAAGGACAGGUGUGGAGCCCCAGGGGAAGCCGCCGCCCUACUCACCCGUCAAAGCCUCCCGUCCAGAGCCUCGACGGGCGCACUCCUGCUCUUCCUCGCCCCUCCUGUUCAACCCAGCCAACGGCAGACCCCUCACCAGUCCGCUAGACGAACUCAACACACUGUUCAGCUCUGGACGCAGCCUCCUGAAGAAGUCCAGCACUGGCCGCAAGAUGAGGGAUGGAGGAUUCAACUCAAACAUCAAUCUACCAGGGCGAGAAGAACAUGGCUCCGCCCCCACCUCACCGUCUCCUCAGCUGCAGGACAAAAACGCCAACAACCACACCCCCCACUCCACCACCUCCGCAACCAUGGAGAACGGCAACCAGAUCUCAAACGGGUCGUUAGAAGAAGACUCGCACAGUAAGUCCAACUCCAGCGCGCUGCAGCGGCACAUGGACAGCCACCACACGCAGACGUUCCAACAUCAGCUCCAUUUGACUGGCAGCAAUGAGUGUGCUACCCUCGGGGAGCUCCUGCGGUUGCGGCGAAUGCAGUGUGAGGGGCGGGGUCGCUGGAAGCCACACCCACCUCAGUCCCCUCCCCUGCCCCCCACGCUGCUUUGGAGCAACAGAAAGGCCUCUCCGUGA